GUUUGUGGGCGGAGCAAUGGUGAAAUCGCGGAAGAUUCAAAACAAAGAUGGCGACACAAAAUGAUUCCCCCCCAAAACAAAAUAAAAGGGCGACAAAGUGCAGUGUGUUCCUGUAUAACGAGCCAAACGCGAGCCAGUCUAUGAUCUGCCACUCGGAGUUCUUUGUGGAGAGGUUAAGAUACGAGAAACCGCAGGUGUUCACGGAUUUGGUGCUGAGCAACAUCACUCGACUCAUAGAUCUGCCCGGAGAGGAGUUUGCUCAGCUGACGGGGGAUUCGGAGCCGAGGCUGCCCUCUUCCUCCUCCAACGGCUUCCUGCGUAGUUUCAACUUCCUGAAACGGAAAGAGAAGAGAGUCGUAUUUGGAGCACCUUUAACUGAAGAAGGAAUAGCACAGAUCUAUCAGCUCAUUGAAUACCUCUUCAAAAACCUUCACGUGGAGGGAUUGUUCCGAGUUCCGGGCAACAGCUUAAGGCAAGCCGCCCUGAAAGAGAUGCUGAACGCCGGGGCUGAUAUAGAUUUGGAGACGGGGGACUUUCAUCCCAAUGACGUCGCCACGCUGCUCAAAGUUUUCCUGGGGGAGCUGCCAGAGCCUUUGCUCACACACAGGCAUUAUCAUGCUCACCUUAAGAUCGGAGAGCUGACUCUCUUUGACGACAAUGGAGACAAGACAAAUGUGCCAGAUAAAGAACGGCAGAUUGAGACCUUUCAGCUGCUCCUCAUGCUGCUCCCCCCAGCCAACCGCAGCCUGCUGAAGCUGCUGCUGGAUUUGCUUCACCACACUGCUCGCAAUCAGCACGCCAACAAGAUGUCUGCGAUCAAUUUAGCCACCAUGUUUGCACCGCACAUCAUCUGGCCCAAAAAUAUGGUUGCGAGAGAUCUUCAGGGAGACAUCGAGAAACUGAACAAUGGCGUUGCCUUUCUAAUCAGGCACUCACAGAAACUGUUCAAGGCGCCUGACUAUAUCAAAGACUAUGCCAAAGCACAUUUCCUGGGAUCAAAGGCUCUUCAAUCAAAUGAUGAUAUGCUGUUGGGAUCUGGUUCUGAAGAUGGGUCGGGGGCUGCAGUCUCAUCUGCUUACCCAUCUCCUUCAGUGAGAUCAAACACCGAAAAGUCAUCAGAGAGCCUGAGUUAUACAGAGACUGCCCUCAGAGAGCUGUACCAGCAGGUCAACAGCAUGCCUGAGUCUGCUAAGAAGAAGAAACUCAUCAGAAAGUUUGAGAAGCAGCCUGGUCUGACUCCAUCAGCAGAAUCUCGGUCACCGUUCACGAGGAGACACCAGCGAUCCCGCUCUUUCAGUGGAAUUAUCAAGAAGAAGGUGUUGGGGAGUCAAUUAUUAGUUGGGAAAGAAAACGGCGGCAGUCCUCCCAGUUCCUGAAGUGUCAGGCACUGAAGGCCAAAAAUCAGCUGCAGAGCAACGGCCUAAUCAUAACUAGAAGACCACAGGGAACUCUUACAAAGGAUGAUCGGAGUGGCGCUUUAACCCCUGUGAAUUUGAAGGAUGGAGAACAUGGAGGACAUUAUGCUGCAUGUACAAGCUGGCCUGAAAAUUCCUAGUAUUCCUCCCAGAUUAGCUGUAGAUGUCCAGACAAAAUGUCACAGACAGAUGGAUCCCAGAACGACGUCUGACCGCCAACUAUCACAGGAUUCUUGUCUACAAUAUUAAGAUGCUUUGUUUUCUGCUUCUCCGUUCAAACAUCUGUCUGUAGUUCAUCAAAGUAGCUGCUGUAUUCCAGUUAUGUAAAGCGGACACCAACCUAAUGCUUAGCCUCUUUCUUCUCCAGGGUUUUCAUUAUAAAAUAGUCGCCGUCAGAACUCCAGGAUCAUCUUAAACUUUUGAAAGAGAUGCCACGAUGACCUGUCGAGUUAUUCUUUUAUUUUUCUGUGAGUUUUGUUGCUUCCACUGAAUAAGAAUUGAGUUUAUGUAAGCCGGUAGGAGGAAACUGUUACUAUGCACCAGAGAAGCGGACAAACUUCCAUUUGGUCCAGUUGAAUUGUCUCUUCCUUUUAUAAUUUGGAUUUGUUGUGCUAAAAACAUUUGUACGCACAGAUCGUCAUAAGAAUAUUUAUUUUUAAUUGAUAGUUUAUUCAGUGAAAAGAAAAUUUUAAUUUUAUAGUUUUUAAGCUUUUGUGAAAGAUUUAAUUUACUAUUUAAGUAUUUUAUUUGCUGUUAAGUAUAGUAAGAAUUGGUCAUGACAGCCCUGAGCUGUUACUUCAGAGAUGUGCCUUAAAGAGAUAAACUUUCUUAACUAUUGACCUUUUUUAUUAUUUUUUUUACUUUUUUUAAAAAACAUUUUCUUAUGGAUGUGUCUUAAAAUGGGAAAUAACAGUUUUACUUGAUUGAUUUUAGUAAAAUGCAUGACUACUGUGAUACUUUGGUCAAAUGUUAGUUCAAAUUCUUUGGGAGGUUUACAAUUUUAUAAUUUUUGUAUUUUACUUAUUUUAGAUUUUAUUGUUUUGUUUUUUUUGCUACAUCAAGUUUUUAUGUUUUUGUAAAGUGUGAACUAAGAUUUUUUUGUUUCUGUUUUUUAUUUUUUUGUUGUAUUUUUACACAGUUUUUAUUGUACCCACUGUUUCAGGCAUUUCUGUAAGGAGCCAGUUGCUUAUGUUGAUUUAUAUUACUUCAAAAAGCUGUUACAUUUGAAAAGCGGUCCAACAUUUAAGAACUUUAUUUUUUUCUAGAAAAAUGUAUUUUUGGCCAAACUGCUGUUGUGUUGUAAUUUUAUUUGCAACCACAAGGCUACGCUCUUCAGCUUUAAAUGACAUGGACCCUUAAGCGCAGCUGUUUUUUUAAUUUAUUUUUUAAAAUAUUAUGGUUUUGAGAGUUAACAGUCUUUGGUGUGUGAAGUUCAUGGAACCACUAAUGUGUUGCAGAAGCAAAUCCAAUUCCUUUUUGUUUGAUUUUAAUGAUUUGAUCAAAUGUUCUCCUGGGUUUUGAGGGACUUGUGUUUCUUUUGAGCCCUUUUAUUUCCUUUUUUUAUAUGAUUUUUAUUUCAUUUUGUGUUGACACUGAUGCUUAUUGAACUUGUUUCCUUUAAAGAAAGUUUAAAUUACCACCACAAGGGAUUGUCAUAAACUCCUCCUCCUUUAAGCAAAAUACAGAACCAAAGGAUUUAUGUGAGUUGAAUAAUGUACAGCUAUUCUAACUCAUCAAAGAUGUGAACAAAAAAAGUUGAAUUUCCUUAAAAUCCUGUAAAUAAAUUCUCCAUACAUUAA